CAGCUGCAUGAGAAGUGAGAGAGAGAGAGGUGCAGCUCAACUUGAGUGAAACAGCAUGAACCCCUAAGACGCAAAAGCAUGCUUAAAAUUUUGACAGAAAUGGACGAAUUGUAUAGGGCUGUUUGAAUAUUUCACGAAUUAACGGGACUCCUCUAUAGGAAAAAGCUUAGGAUUCGGCGGGAUGCAACCGGGGACACCACGUUUUUCCGCUAUGUAAAAGAAGGAAUGUGAUUUUAAGGUUUAUUAUCAGGCAAAUGUGAAACCCGACCGUAUGCUGUUAAACAUAAUCAGCAAAUAAUUUCAACUAAUUAUAGAUAACAUUGUUCUAGCAGGAGGACACAGAUUUUCGGUUGUUUUAAUAAUACAACAUCCUGACCGAGUGCGUGAAGACACCUUGGACUGACGCUCGCGCGCACAUGCACGCCGCUGCCAUUCAAGCGAUCGUUCGCUUGAAAUGAAGAGGACAUCAUCCCGUGUCUGACCAAAUCCGGCCAAUUUCCCACCGUCCCGGCCAUCUGUGUCUCUUCGAUUUUGGAGGUGAAUUUCACGAACAAAAAUGACCCAGCCAACGGCAAAUACGAACACGGACCAGAACCAGAGCUGCGGUAUAUCAAAAAAGAGCAUGAUAACCAAAAUAUUUAAAGUUCGCAAAAGGAGAGAAAUGAUGUUCGUGCAGGUGUGUUUCAUCUGCAGCGUGCUCUUCAUGGCGUGGUGCAUGUCGUCGUUGCUCACAAAAACAGGUCAUGGGCUGGUGCUGCAGGAGGGGUUUGCUGCACCCAGUGACCACCUGGGUCGAAGGCUUAUGGCCACUGUGGGAGACAAUGAGACUGAAUUUGAGAAGAAUUGCACAGAGCCAGCCGUGCAUGAGUUUCCCGAGGAUGUAUUCACCAACAGAGAGCGUGCGCAGGGGGCUGUACUGCUACACAUAUUUGCGGCUCUAUAUAUGUUUCUGGGUCUUGCUAUUGUAUGUGAUGACUACUUUGUGACCUCUCUAGAGAAGAUCUGCGAGAAGUUGCACCUGAGUGAAGAUGUAGCCGGAGCGACGUUCAUGGCAGCUGGAAGCUCUGCCCCAGAGCUGUUUGCUUCUGUAAUCGGUGUGUUCAUUACUCAUGGAGACGUAGGGGUGGGCACAAUAGUGGGUUCAGCGGUCUUCAAUAUUCUUUGCAUUAUCGGAGUGUGUGGGAUAUUUGCCGGACAGGUUGUUUUUCUCACCAAGUUUGCUGUGUUCAGAGACUCAAUCUACUACACUUUUUCUGUGGUAGCCCUUAUUGCGUUUAUUUACGAUGAGAAGAUUGUAUGGUGGGAGAGUUUGAUACUCAUCCUCAUGUAUGUUGGCUACAUCCUCAUCAUGAAGUUCAACACUAGUAUCCAAAACUACUUUUCGGGGAAGGAGGACAAGGGCGUUGCCAACGGUAACACAGUCGUCAGCGAGAUGGAGGAUGGUAAUGCAUGUUAUGAGCUUUUUUGGGAUGAACCAUCCUGGCCGUUACUCAACCCAGUAAAGCCCAGUAAAACAUACACUCGGGGUUCUGUUGUGAUGGUGGAUGAGAUGAUCAAUUCGAGCCCUCCACACUACCGGUUCCCAGAGGCCGGCCUCAGGGUCAUGAUCACAAACCACUUUGGACCUAAGACACGUCUCCGUAUGGCAAGCCGUAUUAUCAUCAAUGAGCAACAGCGGCUAGUGAAGACGUCUAAUGGGGUGGAUGGAGUGCUGGUGGUUGAUAAGAAAACUGACACCAUUGAAAAUGGCAUCAUAACCGAAGACAAACUCAGUGAGGAGCCUGAAAAUGAGAUCUCAUCUCCCUUCAGCCUGCCUGGUGGCGCUAUGGACAAAGUAAAAUUUUUCGUCUCCUGGCCAAUUUCACUGUUGCUGUUCUUCACCGUGCCCAACUGUGCCAAACCACGGUGGGAGCGUUUCUUCAUGCUGUCCUUCUUCCUCUCUACACUGUGGAUCGCCAUCUUCUCUUACUUCAUGGUGUGGAUGGUCACCAUUGUUGGAUACACACUUGGAAUCCCAGAUGUAAUAAUGGGUAUAACUUUCUUGGCCGCUGGCACCAGCGUUCCCGACUGCAUAGCUAGUCUCAUUGUCGCACGGCAAGGCCUAGGGGACAUGGCUGUCUCGAACACGAUUGGCAGUAAUGUGUUUGAUAUUCUGGUUGGACUCGGCGUUCCCUGGGGCAUCCAGACAAUGGCUGUCAACUAUGGAUCUGUGGUUCAAAUCAACAGUAAAGGAUUGGUUUACUCGGUUGUCCUUCUGCUGGGCUCAGUGGCUUUAACUGUUUUGGGCAUCCACGUGAACAGAUGGAGGUUGGACUUUAAACUGGGUAUCUACGUACUCGUGCUGUAUGCAGUCUUUCUCUGCUUUUCCAUCUUGAUUGAAUACAAUGUCUUCACGUUUGUCAAUCUCCCCAUGUGUCAAGAUGAACUGUAGACCAGAAAAUUUUCGCAGGCUUGGAACCAAAAUACCUCCGGGUUGGACACACCCACUAAACAUCCCCUUAAAUCACCAGUGAUUCUGCUGUUUCCUGUAAAUGCAGUUCCUCAAACAGGUUAAUCUAGCUACUGUUAAAUAAAACCCUUUGUCUUCUGCUGCAUGUCCUCACCACUGUGGUUCAGAUGGAGGGAACUCUUUGGCCCUGGUUUAAAACUCUCUCCGUCAUUUCCAGGAAAUGAAAUUCUCCAUGGCAGCUCUCUUUAUAUUGGGACAAUCAAGAUGUCCUAAAGUCUUUACUGGAUUAUUCAGAGCAGGGGAUUCAAACUUACUGCACACUCAUCACAAACCGCACAUUCGCCAAUGACACAGAAAUGCUGCUCAUUCCCGUAUGCAUUAGCGAUCUCCUGUACAUUCUCUAUUUUCUGUCUUCCCUUGAGGACGGUAUGAACAUUAAACAUUGUGCACUUUCUGUAUGGCAUAAAGCAUCAUCACAUUUACUUGUCAAACUUAAAAAAGUGUGGAAAUAUAAAAGUACGCCCUUAAUGUGUCGUCAUAGACUGACAUUAUAUGACUGCCCUUGGGCAUGAAGAUUUCAUCAGCUUGUUAGAGGGAAGAAACCUUCCGCAUUAAAAGCAAGAGGCUGUUACAGCAUGGAUUUUAUAUUAUGAAUAGAUCACGCAGUGGGGAGGACAAGAUGUUUACAAAUUCUGAUUAGCUUGACGAUAUAUCCUGCUGAGAGCUGCUGGCAACUGGACAUCUGUGAGGUCAUCAAGGGGACCACUUCUAACACUCUGGAACAGAAGCUCUCGAAUUUGGACAUGUUAUCCUUUUACCUUAAUCAUUCUAACCAAUGAAUCGGGCCAAUCACUAAAGCACACAUCAAAAGCUGCUCCUCACCUCUCUUUCAGGCCAGAGCGGGCAACCUUCAGGAGAGCUCUCUUCUCCUUUUGCAGUGUGGAAGAUGAGAUCGACAGCUGUGGCUGCUUCAAUAUUUCGCACACAAACAUACGGACAACAUCACAAACAGGGAUCCUGGAUUAUGCAGAUGUGCAACGAGUCGAUGCGUUUGUUGUUUAUCUGUAAAUAUGACAUCGGUGAUCCUGUUUGAACCAGUGCUUCCUUACAGAGGACGGGAGGGGGUGUAUUUAUGUAUGUGACCAAAGUGGUCACUUUUUCUUUAUUUACAAUGCACCUGAACCUCCCUGUCUGGAUCUUUCUUACUGUUUGCGUGUAAUGUAUGAUUUGACACAAAGAAGCCAUUUUUGCGGCAGGGCGUAAGCUUUGUGAGCUUGAUAUAAAUGUCCCUAUAAGGGGGAAUCUCAUGAAAACGUGUGCAGGUCACAGUUCAGCCCUAAAUCACAAGGACAAAAUGUGAAACUAUGCUUUGCAAUUCAACAUUCAGUUUUCAAAGGAUUUUUAUCUUACAAUUACUGCUUCUGGUUUUGUAAAAAAAAAAAUGUAAUUUGAGUCAUUGAAAUGUAUCAGAUUUUCAGGUUGAUUUAAUACAGUAAAAUAUUACAACACAUUAUUUUGGGGUUACUACCAAUAGGGCGACUAUAACGUCGUCCAAAAAUAUAUAUUUUCUUGAAAUAAUGUAAUUUCUAUAUUUUAAUUUAAGCUCGAAAUGUGACCUGGACACAUUUUUUGACACUUCACAUGAGAUUCACCCAUACAGUAGCUUAACGGCAGCUAUCGAACUUUGAUUAACUCGGAUUUGUGUGCGCUCAGAUCUCAACUUGAGCAUGGGGGACAGGGGAAGGGUCUUUGUGUUGUGUCAGUCAUAGAAACUGUCGUUGUUAAGCGCUAAGAGGUGCCGUCACUGUUGUCUGUGCAGAAAGGCAGGUGUUGGAGUAUUUGAUGUACACAGUAUUUAUGAUAUAUGCAAUCUCAGUUGGUGAGGAGGCUGAAUACUGGGAGUUAUAUUUCCAUAGAUGAGCCAUGUUUGUGAAAGCUGCUGAAAUUGUCCACUGCUGUUACAUGUGCAUGCAUACUCAUUUAAUCUCACAUCACAUAGUUGCCAUUGAAUGUCGACUUUAGUUUUGUGGUUGCGUGCUGUGUGGAAUGACGGUGACGUCUAGAUGUUUUCGUUUCUGUUUUCUGUGGUGUUAAUAAGUGGUGACCUGUAAGAAUAGCUGAUAUGGAAACGCUGUACGGAUGCUUUCGUAGACACUGAAAUCUGCUUCUUAGGCCUGGUUGUAUAUUUAAAAGAGAUAUGCUGGGUUUUCUUCCCAUCUUUACAAUAAUGAUUUGGUACCAAUAAAUUUGUUUUUCUGUUUGAUGUGUUUUUAAAUAGUUUUGUGGCAAGACAUCUCUUUUGACCAGUGUAAUAGACAGGAAAUGUGUGCAUUUAAGAGAUUUAUUUGAAUUUACACUGAAGACAUAGUCAUCUUUAUAUCUUAAAGGGAUACUUCACCUAAAAAUUUAAAUUCUGUCAUCAUUUAUUCACCUUCGAGUAGUUACAAUUCUGUAUGAAUUUUUUUGUUCUGGUGAACACUGAGAAAGAUAUUUGGAAGAAUGUUUAUAACCAAACAGAUCUUCCUCGCAUUGACUCCCAUAGUAGAAAAAUAAUUGUAUUUGUUCUGUUGAAGACAUUUUGAAGAAUGUGGGCCAACAAACAGUUCUGGGGCACUUUUGAUUACCAUUGUAUUAUUUCCUCCAAUGGUAGUCAAUGGGGUGCAAAAUCAGUCUUGUUAUAAGCAUUCUUUCAAAUAUCUUUCUAUAAAUGUCUUUGUUCUGUUGAACACAGAUUUGGAACAACUGGAAGGUGAGGAAAUGAUGACAUAAUUUUGAUUUUUGGGAGAAGUAUCCCUUAAACUUUGUUGCAAAUGAUUUGUGCCGUGCUUGAUGUAAAAGAUGAGUAUUUUUUGACAUAAUUGUGAUGACAGCUAAGUUUAAAUAUAUUUUAUAAACCCACUGCCUUCGGAAGUGGUUUGAUUGUCAUAGUCACAGAGGUGACGUCCUUCCUUGUUGCCAGUCCAAUAGCACUCUCACAUCAGUCUUAUUGUAUGCACAGAAAAUCAACUGUAUGCCUCUUCAGAGGAAACAUGUUUCAAAUGACUGGUGUCUCUCGCGCAUGCAUAUGCACACAAGAAUAUCAGGCUUUAUUUUUAUUUAUUAAACACACAUGCACAGAUACAUGCGUAACUGCUUCAUGAGCGACCUGCUGCACUGUGAGUGGAAAAGCAUAUAGGAUGUCUACUUCCAAGGGUACAGAUUUGAUGACUUCAAGAUAUGACGUCGGUGUGUAACUUGAAUGUAUUGUCUUGAGAGCAAUUGGAUGUAUCCAACCAAUGCAUUUUACUGUAAAGCAAUAAUCUAAAAAUAAUAUGAAAUAUAUAUGUAUCAUACGAAAAUUGUAUUGAGAAAACGAUUAAAUUAUACAGUUUAUAAAUGUU